AUGGGUGGUCAGAAGAUCGGCAUCGUGGGCAGCGGUCUGAUUGGGCGUGCGUGGGCAAUGCUGUUCGCCUCGGCCGGCUAUCGAGUUCAGCUUUAUGAUAUUCUGGAGUCGCAGGUGACGACGGCACUCGAUGGGCUACGUGAGGAGCUGCAACAAUUGGAGGCGAAGGGCGCGUUGCGUGGCAAGUUAACGGCCGCGGCGCAAUACGAACUCAUCAGCGGCUGCACUCAGCUGAAGGAGUUGGUGCAGGAUGCUCUGCACAUACAGGAAUGCGUGCCGGAGCAGCUGCAGCUGAAGCGUUCACUGUAUGCCCAAUUAGAUGUGCUGCUCGAACCACAAACCGUGCUAGCCAGCUCGACUAGCACAUUCAUGCCCUCACUCUACAGUGAGUCCUUGGAGCGACGCUCUCAGAUGCUUGUGGCUCACCCACUCAAUCCACCCUAUUUCAUACCUCUCGUGGAGCUGGUGCCGGCUCCCUGGACUACCGAGGAGGCUGUGGAGCGCACUCGCCAGCUGAUGCUGGCUCUGGGUCAGCGACCUGUGGUGCUGAGGCGUGAGAUUCAGGGUUUCGCCACAAAUCGCAUACAAUACGCCAUACUGAACGAGGUUUGGCGUCUGGUCUCAGCGGGCAUCAUCAGCGUGGCAGAUGCGGAUCGCGUGCUGAGCGAUGGAUUGGGCAUGAGGUAUGCACUGAUGGGUUCACUAGAGACAGUGCAUCUGAAUGCGCCCGGCGGCAUAGCCGACUAUUUUCAGCGAUUUGGUGGCGAAAUAGCCGCUGUGAGCGCCACCUAUGGACCAACACCCGACAUGGGCGCUGAGGCCGAAUCGCUGGCGGAGAUAGCUCGCCAAUGCGAGCAGCUUGUGCCGCUCGAGGCGCUACAGGCGAGGCGAGCUGCACGGGACGAGUUUCUAACACGCCUAGCGGAGCUCAAGCGGCAGUUUCCAUAAAAUUGAUUGCAAUACCGUAUUUCCAUUUAUGUUGAUUAAACGGCAGUUGUCUCGACCCCUCAUGGCACAAUUGCCAAGUCCGCUUUCAAUUCAUUUGCUGCUAGCCGUGUGCAUUAAUGAAAUUAAUUUUAUUUUUCUUCCAUUUUUUGUUUUUUUUUUCGUAUUAUUUUGCUCCAGAAAUGUUGGCAGCCAUCGCCAAGUACAACGUGUCACAUUUCCGUUUUGGCUUUGGACUGCUUUUCCAUUUCAAUUCCAGCUUCGACACUUGACCUGCUUGAAUGCAAUCAGCCUUAAUUCACUUUUCACUUGACACGCGGCAGCUACAACGACAAGUGCCGUGAGUGGACCAAAGGUUAAUAAAAACAAAGAAGCAUUGCGGAUCGGUCAAUUCUGACUUUUAAUUAAAACUUUUGCGCAUUCAGCACAAAAAUAAUACAUAUGUUAUAUUAUAGUAUAUAACAAAUUUUAUAGAACGUUUGCUUUAGCUUUAAGUGAACAUUAACAGAGACAUAAACAAUGUUGCUCAGUAAAAUAUAAAAUAACUUCAAAC